AUGAAUAAUUUUAGGAAUGCUUUGGAAAGGGGAGGUUUAUCUAAUCUUAGUUGGAAAGGGGAUAAGUUUACCUGGAGUAAUAGACAUGGGGAUGAUACUUUCACCAAGGAGAGGCUGGAUAGGAUGGUCGCAAAUAAGGCUUGGAUUGAAACACAAAAGGAAGUUAGAGUGGAAGUUCUUGUGGCUAGAAGCUCUGAUCACAGACCUGUUCUACUGAGUUUUUCCCAUACUAAUAACUUAGAUUUCAAGGGUAGUAGACCUUUUAAAUAUAAGGCUUGGUGGGCUUUUGAAAUUGACUGUGAAAGGGUGGUUAAAGAAGGCUGGAAGCAAUCAAGUAGGGGAAGGGAACCUUUUGAGAAGCUAAAAGGGUCUAUUAGAAGCUGCACUGAAGGUUUGAGGAGGUGGAGCAGGGCUUUAACAAGAAACAAAACUCAUGAAAUUGUUGCAAAAACUAAGUUGCUGAAGAAUUUGCAGAAAGAAGAAGGAAGCCAUAAUAUCCAGGAAAUUAGAGAGGUCCAAAAGGAGCUCGAUAGUCUGCUUGAUCAAGAGGACUUGAAGUGGAAACAGAGAGCAAAAAGAAACUGGUAUAAGCAUGGAGAUAGGAACACAAAAUUCUUUCAUGUCUGUGAUAAUUAG